CAACUACAGUAAGUAUGGAAGUGCAGACAACAUCUUUGUACUGGAUAUAUGUUAACAGCACAGAACAACUGAACACUUCAUAUGAGUACAACACUACGGAUUUGACUGAAAACUCAGACAAAUACCAAUCUUACAUUAUUGGUCUCUUCCUGUCCUGCCUGUACACCAUCCUCCUCUUUCCAAUUGGAUUUAUUGGUAACAUCUUAAUCCUGGUAGUGAACUUGAACCACAGAGAGAAGAUGACCAUCCCCGACCUGUACUUUGUUAACCUGGCUGUGGCUGACCUCAUCCUGGUGGCCGAUUCCCUCAUUGAGGUCUUCAAUCUGAAUGAGAAGUAUUACGACUACGCUGUCCUUUGCACCUUCAUGUCUCUUUUCCUGCAGGUAAACAUGUACAGCAGCAUCUUUUUUCUCACAUGGAUGAGCUUUGACCGGUACAUUGCAUUGGCAAGCUCAAUGAGCAGCAGCCCACUGAGGACUAUGCAGCAUGCCAAGCUCAGCUGUGGCCUCAUCUGGAUGGCUUCUAUCCUGGCCACUCUCCUUCCCUUCACCAUUGUGCAGACCCAGCACAGGGGUGAGGUGCACUUCUGCUUUGCCAACGUCUUUGAGAUUCAGUGGCUGGAGGUAACCAUUGGCUUUUUGGUGCCCUUUUCCAUCAUUGGUCUAUGCUACUCCCUGAUUGGGCGCAUCCUCAUGAGGUCCCAAAAGCACCGUGGAUUGUGGCCACGGCGGCAGAAAGCUCUGCGCAUGAUCGUGGUGGUGGUUCUGGUGUUCUUCAUCUGCUGGCUGCCAGAGAACGUUUUCAUCAGCAUCCAGCUGCUGCAGGGCACAGCUGACCCAUCGCAGAGGACUGCUACCACCCUGUGGCAUGACUACCCACUCACAGGCCACAUUGUUAACCUGGCAGCUUUCUCCAACAGCUGCCUCAACCCCAUUAUCUACAGCUUUUUAGGAGAAACCUUCAGGGACAAGCUGCGUCUCUUCAUUAAGCAGAAAGCCAGCUGGUCAGUAGUCAACCGCUUCUGCCGCAACCACCUCGAUUUACGCCUCCCUGUCAGGAGCGAAGUGUCAGAGGUGUGA